AUGUCCGACCACGAGACGGGCGGAAUGCCCUCGGACGAGGAUCUGUCGCUCCCGAAGGCGACGGUCACGAAAAUGAUCGCAGAGCUCCUUCCGAAUGACGUGACGUGCGCGAAGGAGACGCGAGACCUGAUCAUCGAGUGCUGUGUAGAAUUCAUACACCUGAUAUCCUCGGAGGCGAACGAGAUAUGUGAGCAGGAGUCCAAGAAGACCAUCGCACCCGAGCAUAUCAUCUCCGCGCUCAAGCGACUAGGCUUUGAGACCUUCACCGAGGAGGUGGAGAGUGUGUUGAAAGACCACAAACAGCAACAGAAGGACCGGGAGCGGAAGGUUAACAAGAUGGUCGAGUGUGGCCUCUCGGAGGCGGAGCUGCUCGCCCAGCAAGAAGCACUCUUUGCGCAGAGCCGCGAAAAGUUCCGCACGGCCCAGCAGUGA